AUGUCCGUCCGUCGAUCUAGCAGGAUCGCGUCAGUAUCUGUUGCUUCGGCAGCGGAUAAACCUGAAGUGGCGGCCAAUGGGCCAAAGAAACGGCCGUCAUCCUCCCAAGGGCAGGAUUCGAAAGCCAAGAAGCAAAAGGGCCAUGGCGCCAUGGAGCAGACAGAAGCUGAAGAGGAAAAGAAUCAUGUCCUCAAUGGAGCACCUAAAACCGAAUCCGAGUUCAAGGUGCCUGUGACGCCAGUGAAAAAAGCAAAUGCACGAAGAAACCCUGCCAAACAGUCUAAACAUCCUCCGUUGACGCCAACACCGAGUCUCAUCAGCGUCAUCAGAGCACCUUAUAGCUCUGGGGACAUUGACGACGGAACUCCUCCGCCUGACCGCCCUGUUGAACCACACAUCACCAACGCUCCACUGGUCACGCCUGGAGGAACCCAGCACGUCGCGUAUGAAGACACUCUUCCCGACUCGACCCCUUCAAAAACCGGCCUCCCUCGGCCGAUAGCGACAACAAACACGCUCCUAGAUCAGGCCUGUGCCCACCUUAUCAGCGUCGAUCCACGCCUGAAACCCGUGAUCGAGAAACAGCCAUGUCAUAUAUUCUCAGCCAAGGGCCUCGCCGAGGUGAUUGAUCCGUUUCGCUCGCUUUCAAGCGGGAUCAUGGGCCAACAAGUGUCGGGCGCCGCGGCCAAGUCCAUCAAGAACAAGUUUAUUGCCUUGUUCAACGAGGAUGGGUCUGAAGAGGCCAAGUUCCCGACGCCAGCACAGGUCGCUGUUACGGACAUUGCUAGGCUACGUCUUGCGGGCUUGUCUCAGCGGAAAGCAGAGUAUAUCCAAGGCCUGGCUCAGAAAUUUGCCAGUGGGGAACUCACCAAUGAGAUGCUCAUGAAAGCUUCCGACGAAGAGGUCAUGGAGACACUGAUUGCGGUCCGUGGUCUAGGGAAGUGGAGUGUUGAGAUGUUUGCCUGUUUCGGACUGAAGCGGCUUGACAUCUUUUCGACUGGGGACCUGGGCGUGCAGCGGGGCAUGGCUGCAUUCUUUGGCAAAGACGUGAAGAAGCUCAAAGCAAAGGGCGGGGGGAAGUGGAAGUACAUGUCUGAGCAGGAUAUGCUCGAGAAGAGCGCGCCAUUUGCGCCGUAUCGUAGCCUGUUUAUGUGGUAUAUGUGGCGAGUGGAAGACGUGGAUGUCGAAGUUAUGAGCACACUCACGUAG